GCAUUGCAACAUCACCUACCACACAUAACACAAGCCAUUCAAUUGUGCUUUUCUAUUGGUUUCUUUUGCUUUUCUGGCAGAUUUUUUGUUUUGCUACGGAGGGAAAAUGACUAUCCUUAUUGAGAAGCCCGAGAUAGAGUCUCAAGCAGAGUGCCAGAAGCAUGUCGAGGAAAAUAAUGAGUUGGUGUUGGAUGGUGGAUUUCCAGUGCCAACGUGCCUGUCAGAUGAUGGAUUUUUGGCACCAGAAAUCAAUUCAUUUGGCCACUCCUUUAGCAGGGACUACGAUGCAGAAAGUGAAAGGCAAAAGAGCGUGGAGGAAUUCUAUAGGCAGCAGCACAUUAACCAGACCUAUGACUUUGUGCAACAGAUGAGGAAAGAGUACUCCAAACUGAACAGAAUGGAGAUGAGCAUAUGGGAGUGCUGCGAACUCCUCAAUGAGGUCGUGGAUGACAGCGAUCCUGAUCUGGAUGAACCACAAAUUCAGCACUUGUUGCAAUCAGCUGAAGCUAUUAGAAAGGAUUAUCCUGAUGAAGACUGGCUGCAUUUGACUGCUCUUAUUCAUGAUCUUGGAAAGGUUCUUCUUCUACCUAAGUUUGGAGGGCUUCCACAAUGGGCUGUUGUUGGAGACACAUUCCCUCUUGGAUGUGCUUUUGAUGAGGCCAAUAUUCACCACAAGUAUUUCAAAGAAAACCUAGAUUAUAACAAUCCCGCUUACAACACUAAGAAUGGGAUUUAUUCCGAUGGCUGUGGACUAGACGAUGUAACGAUUUCAUGGGGGCACGAUGACUAUAUGUACUUGGUAGCUAAGGAAAAUGGAACUACUCUACCUUCAGCCGGGUUGUUCAUUAUCCGAUAUCAUUCCCUUUAUCCUUUACAUAAAGAAGAAGCAUACAUGCACUUACUAAAUGAUGAGGAUAAGGAAAAUUUGAAGUGGCUCAGAAUAUUCAACAAAUAUGACCUUUACAGCAAGAGCAAAGUCCUUGUUGACGUUGAGAAAGUCAAACCAUAUUAUCUAUCACUUAUUGAAAAAUAUUUUCCAUCCAAGCUCAAGUGGUGAAAGCUUUGAUUAGCUCAAGUUUUCUGAAGGAUGUGCUGCGUAAAGGGGAAUCAUAAGCGGCUUGGUUCUUCAUUUUUGAACCCAAUUAUAUGAUUUAAAUCAUGUGUUUUGAGUUAUGUAAAAAAUAAAUUCAAAAGUCGUGUCUUUUUUUUCU